UGUCAACAGUUCUGCGAUUCAACAGAUACAGUCAUUAGAGAGCCUCACUCUAUGCACGAGUUCCAAGUCAGACGUCGCAAUUACCUACUGCACAAAUUUCCGUACCUUUGGGGUUUUCUUGGCAUAAACUCAGUGGAACCCGCAUGAUGGCAAGCACCUGAAAGAGACUCAUGUCGGACGGAUUGCUCCCAGCUAUCCUAUCUGGUCUUUCCGCGGCUUGACCUCCUUUCCUCGUCGCUCUUUUCCUCCUUUCAAAUUUUCAAAACAGCUGUAUCAAGCAAUCAUGUUUCCUUCCUUAUCGCCAAAAAUAGGCAUUUGUGAUUCUGAAGAAGAUCAAUCAUGUGCUGAGACAGAGCAGCAGAUCGCCCAAUCGAAUAAGCUUUCAACAUCACCAUUUCCCAGUUCUUGGAACUCCCGUGCGUGCAUGAAAGGAUUCAAAACUGGUGUGGACUCUGGAGCCGAGUUUGUUUGAGCUUCUGUUUGGUCGAGGACCCCUUGUCCACUCCCGCAUGGGGAUCCUCCACCCAAAGCGAAGAGCCUCACCCACUUCCAAGGUGCAUCACAGCAGAUCAUUACAAUUCGCUGAAAAUCCUCCGUUUCGAAGUACCGCCCAGCCUGGAACGUUUAGUGCUUCUCCAUCCUGGAUCGCUCUACCGGGUCAACCCCUUUCCCUCGAUGGAGCCUCAUCGGAGGCCAAGGGAUGUCACUGACACGAUCGCUCGAUCAACUUCUUACCAAGCUCUCUCACAGACCCUGCUCUAGAAUAUUGUCCGAUCAUUCAUGCUCUAUUCUCCGCUGUUAUUCGUCUGGUAGUUUGACAACAGAUAUCGGAGAAAGUAUAUUUCUUAUUUCAGAUGUAGAUCAGACGAGUCUGGACUAGAUUGGUUGAUAUCACGGAUUCUCUUCGUUUCAUCAGUCUUUGCACAGCGAGGCUUGGGCUUGCGUAAUUGAGAAGAUUAUCUUGGCUAUAAGACUCCAAGACUCUCCACAAUGGGUAUCUUCCUUCCCAUCCCCUUAACCCUUCAUUACUACUUGCAGGCCAUUUGUAUAUUUCAAAGAGCUGUGCUCACUAUCCUUUACAUUACAUAACAUAUUCCACCUGCUGGACGCUGCCAUUAUCAUUUCUAUUUUCCAAACACAAUCAUGAAGAAUUUCGGCUCCAUUCUCACAUUCAUUGCCAUUUCGGCUUCUAUUGUUUCUGCUCGUGUUUUGCCUGAGAAUAGCAAUCAGAUCGAGGCCAGGACAUCGUACGACUAUGUAAAUGAUAUCAUCGCUCGCUCGCCAGAGAAGAACAAGGCAAAGGAAACCGCCACCGCCACUGAAGAUGCUGCUCUCGCUGAGGGAGGAGCAGCAAAGAAGGGAAAGGGAGAAGGAGCAAAUCUCGCUUCAAACGCCAAAAAUGCUACGGCUCCCGCUACAGGGAAGAAAGGGAAGGGGGCAGAAGCCGCUGAUCUAGAUGCCGAUGGCGCAGGUGCGGCGGUUGAACAGAAAGGGAAGGGAGCCAAAGGUGCCGGUGCCGGUGCCGGUGCCGGUGCCGGUGCCAAAGGGGCUGGUGCCAUAAACAAUGCUAAAAAUGGUACCGAGGCGGCGACUAGAAAGAAAGGAAAGGGUGCUCAAGGUCCCGGUGCCCAAGGUCCCGGUGCCCAAGGUGCUGGUGCCAAAGGGGCCGGUGCCAAAGGGGCUGGUGCCAUAAACAAUGCUAAAAAUGGUACCGAGGCGGCGACUGGAAAGAAAGGAAAGGCAUCCGCAGCAGGCGGCCAGUCAGCCCAAAAGGCAGAUCUCACGCAAGACGAGCAACUCGCCAGCAUCGUCAAGGGUCUUACAGGAAUAGACUUGUCUUCCAUCGGUCUCAGAGAUCUUCCUGUUCUUGAGACAAGAAAGAAGAAGAACGGGACUGCGACAGCUGGUGCUGGUACAGCACAAGCAAGUGGAAAAGCAGCCACGAAAGCAGAUAAAAAAGCAGCAAAGGCAGCUGCCAAAGCCGCGAAGGCGUCCGCCGCCGCUUCUGCUAACAAUGAGGAUGGUGCUGGUGCUGGAGCUGCUGAUGUCGCCGCCGGAGGCUCAACUGGAGCUAAAAACGCCACCGAGCCUGCUGCAGGUGGAAAAGCCAACAAAGCUGGAAAGGCUGGAAAAGCCGGCAAAGCCGCAGCACCCGUUGCAGUAGGAGUUGGUGCCGCUGACGCCGCGACCAAUUGCACGUAAAUUUUUAUCCUUUCGACUCUUUUCUAUGGUGAUGGAUUGGGCUUGAUAGAUAGAUGGACUUGGUCGAAAGGCUGGACUG